AUAGCAACUCAUUAGUGACAGGUGACAUUUGGUGAGAGCCUCACCAUGAUGACCUCAUCGACACCGACGGACGAGCCAGCCCGCCUCUUCCCACUGACCUCGCCUUUCGGGCCGGCGCCGCGCGACCGCUGGCCCCUCAUGCUCGUCGCCUCCACCUCUAUGGAGAUCUCGCGCAAGGUCGCCCGCUGGGAGCUCAACAAGCGUGACCCGGUCGCCAUCGAGCGCAGCAACCUGAUCAACAUCAGCAAGUUGGUGGUGAAGGAGCUGAUCGAGUCGUCGGUGCCGUUCGGCCGCAUGCUCGACUCAGACCAUGUGCCGCUGCAGCACUUCUUCAUCGUGCUGGAGCACGCCCUGCGCCACGGGCUGCGGCCCAAACGGGGUCUGCUGGGGCCGAAGAAGGAGCUGUGGGACGUGCUGCAGGCGGUGGAGCGGCUCACCAGCGAGGCGGCCGACAUCACCACCAGCGUGCGAGACCUGCCCACCGUCAAGACUCCGCUGGGCAGAGCCCGCGCCUGGCUGCGGCUGGCGCUGAUGCAGAAGAAGCUGCCCGACUACGUGCGCCUGCUGCUGGAGCACCAGGACGUGCUGGACGAGCACUACGAGCAGGGCGCGUUGAUGCUGUCCGAGGAGGCCAUCCACGUGCUCGGCCUGCUAGUCGGCCUCAACGUCAUCGACUGCAACCUCUGCAUGAAGGAGGAGGAGCUGGACUGUCAGCAGGGCGUGAUCGACUUCUCUCUGUACCUGCGCAACAGUCCGACGGAAAGCAGCGAGCCGGGCCUGGCCACGGCCGACAUGAGUGAGAGCAAGUACGAGCGCGUGCUCGACCAGAAAAACUACAUCGAGGAGCUGAACCGGCACCUCAACGCCACGGUCACCAACCUGCAGCAGAAGCUGGAGCAGCAGAUCGCCACAUGCGCCCUGCUGCGGGAGGAUCUGGCCAUCGCGCGCAACCAAGCGCAGGUCGGCCGGCCGCCGGCAGUGAGCGGCUCGCCCGCCCCCAGCCGCACGCCCGACACACUGUCGGUGACGUCGCGGGCGUCACAACAGAGCGGCGCCGGCGCCUCCUCGCCCUCCGGCUGCGGUGAGGAGAUUGAGGACCUGCGCGCCCAGCUGCGCGAGGAGCGCGCUCACCGCCGCGAGCUGGAGAAGGAGCUGGAGAUGCAGAUCCAGAUGAAGGCCGAGAUGGAAAUGGCGACCAAGCUGCUGGAGAAGGAUGUGCACGAGAAGCAGGACACCAUCGUCAACCUGCGCCGCCAGCUGGAUGACAUCAAGGCCAUCAACCUCGAGAUGUACAACAAGCUGCAGGAGUGCGAGCUGGACCUGUCGGGCAAGGCCGAGCUCAUCUCACGGCUGCAGGCCCGCUCCUGGGAGGUGGGCCGCCUGCUCUCCGGCCUGCAGCAGAUGAGCGGUGCGCCGCGGCGCCCGCUGCGCCCCUCACGCUCGGCCCACUUGCUGACGGAGCCGCGGCGCGAGUGCCAGGUGGCGCUGAAGGAGAACAACGUGGUGGUGAUGACGCUGGAGGACAAGAUCCUCACCCUGACCACCACCAGUCGCAAAAUGGACGAAAUUCACACGGAGACAGAGCAGAAGAGGAAGGCGGCGGAGGACACGCUGCGCCAGCUGUCCGACAAGCUGUCCGAGUGUGAGAUUCAGCUGUCCAAGGUGUCGUCUGACCUGAAGAUCGAGCGGGAGUGGCGGGAGAGUCUGCAGGCGGGAAUGGUCGAGGACCGCGAGAAGCUGGCAACUCUUCAGAGGACCAACGAUCAGCUGAGCAGGAAACUCGAGGACCAGGAGACGACGGACGUGGAGAUGGAGCGGCUGCGCGUGCGCUGUCAGGAGCACGAGCGCACGCUGGAGGAGCUGGGCCACCACCUGUCAGAGUCCAAGCUGAGGAUGGAGGACCUGCGCCAGACGGCGCGGUACGCCAUGGACGGCCAGUGGGUGCCGGACAGCGCGGUGCAGCACUGUAAGAGCUGUCAGCAGGAGUUCACCAUCAGCCGGAGGAAGCACCACUGCCGCAACUGUGGCGGCGUCUUCUGCCACCCGUGUUCGGACAACACCAUGGCUCUGGCGGCCUCGGCCAAGCCGGUCCGGGUCUGCGACGACUGCCACACCUUCCUGCUGCAACGUUACCAAGCGGCCUAGAACGGCAGUACGUUGCUACUGGCAUCUGUCGGCGGGCACCGCGACGCUACUCACAUCUAUAGGCGGAGAAGGGCGCUGCGACGCUGCUGACAUCUAUCGGCGGAGGACACCGCGACGCUGCUGACAUCUAUAGGCGGAGAAGGGCGCUGCGACGCUGCUGACAUCUAUCGGCGGAGAGGGACGCCGCGACGCUGCUGACAUCUAUCGGCGGAGAAGGUCGCCGCGCCGCUGCUGACAUCUGUCGGUGGAAAAGUUCUCCGGAGUGCUCAUUGUAGCGCCCGGCGGAAUGUAACGCGACACGCUGGCGCGUGUCGCCCGCUCAGCGUCAUCCAGCUGCUGCUCUUGCCAACGGGGCACACCUGCCAAAGGAACAUGUACAUGGAUGGAUCUGCCGGGCACUGCUGUGUAUUGAGAUGACUGGUACCACGCAUAAGAACUGGUUAUCAGUUUUCACAUGGCAGGCUGCCAGCAUAUGCCAACCAAUGGGUCCGACGAAUGCGCCUGAAUGUGGUGCGUCGCGCGUUGGACCGGUAUUUCUCAGUUGGCCGUAACCGAGAUAACGGGAGAUUUCCCUUUUGUGCGUGCUGGAUAUGCGCUGUCGCAUCAGCUUACUUAAAAUGUGCAGUCGCGCCUGUUUUAACGAAUAUGCUAUUUGGGAAUUGCAAAUAUUGAGUGUUGAAGUAUUGGGUGGGAAAAGACAUAUUUUAUGACAGUUUAAAUGGAUGCCAGCUGUACAUAUGUGAUAUCUAAGCAUUAUGGCAUACAAAAAUGUUCCUGAAGUGGCCAUGCUGGCACACAUUUUGGGCGCUAAGUGGUCUCGAAUACCACGAGCCAGCAAAGGCCUGAUAUCUGAAGAUCUGCCCAGCGCUGGCCCAUCAGACCAGAUGCCGUUUUAUGAGCUCACACGCGGUGAUGGUGCAGCGGGGAUGAGUGCUGCGUCGCGUACGUUUGGGU